AUGGCAACAGCCGUACCAACUUUCUAUACUGGGCUGAUUGUGUGUUUGAACAUCAUCGCAACGGGUGGUGGAAGUAAUCUCUUCCCGCCAGAGCAGUUCUCCACGUUCGCUCAAGAAGAAAUCGAUGAGCGAAUUAAAGGAUCAAAGAUCGUCGUCGUUUCCGAGCAAUGCAUGCUGAACGUCAUUUGGUCUCUGAAAGCCUGCAUGCUGUUCAUGUUUGCUCGCAUGCUAUCCGGAACAACGAACAUGAAGUGGAUUAAAGCGGCUGCACUUUGGGUCGUUAUUGGCUGGUUCUCUGUCGAAAUUACCUUCUUCAGUGCGUGCCGCCCAUUCGUAGGAUACUGGGCAGUACCGCCGCCAAAUCCGCAAUGCACAACCCUUGAGCACUUCGCGAUAGUGCAGGCAACUUUUAACAUAAGUAGUGAUGUGCUCAUAAUCGCUGUGCCGAUACCGAUGAUCAUGUCGCUCUCUCUUCCUCUGAAGCAGAAAGCUGUGCUGGGCAUACUAUUCAGCAUGGGCAUCUUUGUUAUCGUCGCAGCAAUUCUGACAAAAGUUUACAAUCUAUCGGACGUAUACUCCACCACAUACAUGCUGUGGUAUACACGUGAGGCAUCUGUUGCCGUCUACGUAGCUAAUCUCCCUGGCAUCUGGCCUCUUCUCCGCGAACACAUACGCUUCCUUCGUGAGCACACAAGCUAUUAUGCCACUGGGCAGUCAAAGAUGCCUGGACAAAGCUCGCAUGGAUACGGCAACCUGUCCAGGACCAAACGCCAGAGCCGUGCACGCACCUUUACAAACCUCAGCUCACACGACGUCGAGCUCGCUUAUGAUAUCAAAUCUGGUGUAAUUUCGAUGCAUGCAUCUGGGCAGAGAGUACUAGAAAGCGAGGACCCCUUCGUGGGAACGGAGGAUAUCCAAAGAAGCGACGACAGGAGAGGAGAUUUGGAAGCGGCGAGUAGUCGGAAGGGUGUACCUGGUGUUGCCUACAUGGGCGUACAGAUUGAUACUGAAGUAGAGAUUCAAAGUGACCAAUGGAUGGGAAGUAGGUUGGAGUUGGCUCAGUCGAGAGUGGUUCGGUGCGAAGGGCCGGAGGCGCAGGCAGGAAGAUGA